AUGAAAAAUAGAUAUAUCGAUUCUAUAAAGCAAGGAUUAGCACAUACGACUAUCUUCGAAUACAUCGCAUUUAAAUCACUUGAAAAAUAUGAAAAUAGAGUAAGCGAUCCAGAGCAAGCUGAUUUAUUUUAUGUGCCUCUUUUCGCAGCUCUAUUUAACGGAUUAAAAGAUUACGCUAAUAUUGAUACAAUAAUCCUGCCUCAAUUACGAGCCAUUGGGCCUUACUUUGACAGAUUCGAUGGCAUUGACCAUGCGUUUAUUCAAAUGUUAUUUUCUCAAAGCAAUAUUCCGUUAACAGUCGAGCAUCAGAAGUCACUAGCGUCAAUGAUGACUCUUGGUGAUGUCAAUUACGAGUAUUCUAUAACUCAUAUGCGUGAAUCUUGGAGAAAUAUUAAUUUUCCACUUACUUCCAACAUUCCGCAACAGUUCGAUGUUAAUUCCCACUCAUCCCGUCACAUAUCUUCCUUCUUCAUUGGGCAGCUGGAACUCUCUGGUUUCGAUGACGCCGCGCCAAUUCGUAAAGGAAUGGCUGCAGCAAUGAGAGAUGUACCACACUCAAUAGUUAUAGAUGCAAGAAGGUAUGAUAAUGUCGCUGGCGUUUACAAUUACAAUUUUUCGAGAAUGAUGAUAAAUUCAAAAUUCUGUUGCGUACCACAUGGCGACGGUCCGACUACAAAGCGUCUCUUUGAUACAUUCCGCACACUUUGCAUACCAAUUGUUCUUAGUGACGAGAUAAAAUUCCCUUUUGAAGAUCUCUUCAUUAACUACACAAAUAUUUUGAUACAGAUUCCAGCUUACAAACCUCAACAGAUUCCUCUUGCUAUGAGCCUUCCAGAUAAAGAAAGAAUUAUCACCAUGAAAAAGAACAUGGUUCGAAUUUCCAGACUCUUAGAACAGAAGUUUGACUAUAAAGUAACCAAAGGAGACCUAAUGUGGGGAUGGCUUUGGGUGCAUUACUUUAAAUUAUCAACUGUUGCUGCUUCCAAGCGCAGGACACUACUUAAGUCUAGAUAUUUAGACUAA